AUGGGAGGUCAGAACCAGACUUCGAGGCAGGAUUCUGCCCUUACUAUUAUUGGACCUAUGAGAGCUCCACAAUGCAACAAGUGUGGGAAGUAUCACAAGGGGAGUGCUGGACAUGCUUUAAAUCAAUUUGCUAUUCUUGGUUAUGUCUUUGCCAUGUCCAAGGAAGAAGCUGAAGCUUCUCUAGAGCUUAUUAGAGGUACUAUUUCUCUCUGUGAUACUGAGAUUUUUGCUUUGUUUGACUCGGGUGCUACUCACUCUUUUAUUUCUAAUGAGUGUGUAGAAAAUUUAAAGUUACUUGUGAUUGAGUUGCUUGUGUUGAUGAAUGUGUCUAUACCAGCUGGAGCUUCUAUGAAAACUAGCCGUGCGUGUUUGAAAUUUAAAAUGAGAUUUGGUAAUAGAAUUACACUGAUUGAUUUGGUUUGUUUGCCCAAGUCGGGGAUUGAUGUGAUUGUUGGGAUGGAUUGGUUGUCGGCUAACGGAGCGAUACUAGAUUGUGAAAAGAAGACAGUUUCCCUACCAGUGUUUAAAGUCCCUGAGGACAUUAUAUCAGUAGUAAACCUUGAGAUACCCAUAUAUCUGUUUGCCAUGCAAAUUAAGACGUUGGACCAUGAAAGGUGUACUCUUGACGAGAUUGGAGUUGCAAAUGCAUUUCCAGAAGUAUUUACUGAUGAGAUGUCUGGCUUACCACUAGAAAGGGAGAUUGAGUUCUAUAUUAACCUGGUGCUGAGAACUAAACCCAUCUUUAAGGCUCCAUAUUGUAUAGUUCCAUCUGAACUAGAAGAAUUGAAGAAGUAA